AUGCCACUCUUCAAGGUUCAUUUUCCGCAAGGGCUCCACCACAGCGAUGGGUUUUGCACGUUGCUCCACCAUGAUGGAAUGCCCAGGCACAGGCCUUCCAAGAUUCGAUGGGAGCGGGGGCCUGUCCUUGCUUCUGCCCUUGAGCGGAGCGCGCAACAUGGGCACACACCGCUUCUCGUCUCAAGGCCUUCUCUUCCGCCUACCGAUUUGGAACAUCUCGUACCUCGCCACCGUGUCGGUAGUGCAUCCCCCGAGUCCAGCCUAGCCGGGCUAUCGAUUGCCUGCACGUGGGUGGAAUCUCCUACCACUUCCGAGCGCGCACUAACAUGCACCCUUACCCGUACCAUCAUUAAUCAUACCAGAUGUUCUUUUCUCAUACCAGAGCCAAAAAAGCACCAUACAAUGCAUACCAAUUACCCAACUAAAGCUCUUGCCAUGGUAAAUUUGCUGCGACCAUAG